AUGGUCACCAUCGUCACCGUCACCAUCGUCACCGUCACCAUCGUCACCGUCAUCGUCACCGCCGCCGACCCCGACGCGCACCCAAAACAUCCCAGCGUGUUCUCCUUCGGCCUGCUGGCCACGGCCAUCUUCGCCAACGCGGGCCAGGUGGUGCUGGGGACCCCCGCCCCGCAUUUCCUGCCCAUUCUCCCCAAAAAUCCCACUUUCCCCACCCCUUCAAAGUCCUGCUUUUCACCACAAAAUCCCCAAUUUUCCCCCCGAAAAUUCCAAAUUUUUCCCCAAAAAUCCCCUUUUUUUUUCCCCAAACAGCCCUUUUACCCCCCAAAACCUCCAUUUUUACCCAAAAUCCCCAUUUUUCACCCCAUUUCCCCCCCUCCCAGGCGUGUUCUCCUUCGGCCUGCUGGCCACGGCCAUUUUCCUUCUGGGGACCCCCGCCCCGCAUUUCCUGCCCGUGUGCCGCCCCAAAUCUCAUUUUACCCCCCAAACCCCUCAUAUUUACCCCCAAAAAAUCGCCAUUUUUUCCCCCAAUUCGCCAUUUUUCUCUCCAAAAACCCCAAAAUCCCCAUUUUUCACCCCAUUUCCCCCCUCCCCAGGCGUGUUCUCCUUCGGCCUGCUGGCCACGGCAUUUUCGCCAACGCGGGCCAGGUGGUGCUGGGCACCCCCGCCCCGCAUUUCCUGGCCGUGUGCCGCCCCAAUUACAGCGCUCUGGGCUGCGGGGCGACCCCCGGGGGACCCCCGGGACCCCAUCGGGGACCCCCGGACCGCUUCGUGCCCCCGGGGGGCUCCCCCUGCUCCGGGGACCCCCCGGCCGUGGCCGCGGCCCGCAGGGAUUUCCCCUGCAAGGAGGCGGCGCUCGGGGCCUACGCCGGGGCCUUCGCCGGGCUGUACGUGACCCUGGCCUGGCGGGGUGGGGGGCAGUUUUUGGGCUAUUUUUGGGCUGUACGUGACCCUGGCCUGGCAGGCUGGCCUGGCGGGGUGGGGGUUCCCGCCUGGCCAAGCCCGCGGCCGUUUUUGGGGUUCGCGGCCCCCCCGUUCCUGCUGGGGGCGCUGCGCGUGGCCGAGCACCGCAACAGCUGGGGGGGGGUCCUGGGGGCUUCCUGUGCGGCACCGCCAUCGCCGCCUUCCUGGUCACGUGCGUGGUCGGAAACUUCCAGAACCAGGGGGGGGAUUUGGGGUGGGGGGGACCCCCCGAGCCCCCCCCGAGCUGCCCCCCCAGAGCCCCCAACCCCCCCUGGAGGAGAUCAGCGUCAGCCAGGUGCGUCGGGCGGAGUUCCCAGCGGUGACCUGAGAGACCCCCGAAAUCGGGAACCCCAAAAACCCGGGAACCCCGAAAACUGAGGAGACGGAAAACUUGGGAUCCCCGAAAAAUUUGGGGGAAUUUAUUUGGAAUUUGGGGUCCCAAAAUUUGGGGAAUUCUGAAGUUUGGGAUCCCAAAAUUUGGGGAAUUCUGAAAUUUGGGAACCCCGAAAACUGAGGAGACGGAAAACUUGGGAUCCCGAAAAAUUUGGGGGAAUUUAUUUUGGAAUUUGGGGUCCCAAAAAUUUGGGGAAUUCUGAAAUUUGGGAACCCCAAAAAUUGGAUCGCAAAAUUUGGAGGGAGCCUGAAAAUUUGGGAGCCCCAAAAAUUGGGGAGUUCUGAAAUUUGGGAUCCAAAAUUUGGGGGGAAUUUGAAAUUUGGGAACCCCCAAAAUUUGGGGCCUUUAAAUUUGGGAUUCCCAAAAUUUGAGGGAGUUCUGAAAUUUGGGAUCCCAAAAAUUGGGGGAUCCUUAAAAUUUGGGAACCCCAAAAAUUGGGGAAUUCUGAAAUUUGGGAACCCCAAAAAUUGGGGGGAGCCUGAAAAUUUGGGAUCCCAAAAAAUUUGGGGGGAAUUUUGGAAUUUGGGAUCCCCCAAAAAAAAUUUGGGGGCCUUUUAAUUUGGGAUCCCAAAAAUUUUGGGGGAAUUUAUUUUGGAAUUUGGGGUCCCAAAAUUUUGGGGGAGUUCUGAAAUUUGGGAACCCAAAAUUUGGGAAUUCUGAAAUUUGGGAUCCCAAAAUUUGGGGAAUUCUGAAAUUUGGGAACCCCAAAAACUGAGGAGACGGAAAACUUGGGAUCCCGAAAAAUUGGGGGGAAUUUAUUUUGGAAUUUGGGAACCCAAAAUUUGGGGAAUUCUGAAGUUUGGGAUCCCAAAGAUUGAGGGAAUUCUGAAAUUUGGGAUCCCAAAAUUUGGGGAAUUCUGAAGUUUGGGAUCCCAAAGAUUGGGGAAUUCUGAAAUUUGGGAUCCCAAAAUUUGGGGAAUUCUGAAAUUUGGGAACCCCAAAAACUGAGGAGACGGAAAAUUUGGGAUCCCAAAAAAUUUUGGGGGAAUUUAUUUUGGAAUUUGGGAACCCAAAAUUUGGGGAAUUCUGAAGUUUGGGAUCCCAAAGAUUGGGGAAUUCUGAAAUUUGGGAUCCCAAAAUUUGGGGAAUUCUGAAAUUUGGGAACCCCCAAAAACUGAGGAGACGGAAAAUUUGGGAUCCCAAAAAUUUUGGGGGAAUUUAUUUUGGAAUUUGGGAACCCCCCCAAAAAAUUUGGGGAUCUUUUAAUUUGGGAACCCCAAAAAUUGGGGGAUCCUUAAAUUUGGGAUCAUGAAAUUCGGGGAAUUCUGAAAUUUGGGAUCCCAAAAUUUGGGAAAUUCUGAAAUUUGGGAUCCCAAAUAUUGGGGGAUCCUUAAAAUUUGAGAUCCCAAAAAUUGGGGAAUUCUGAAAUUUGGGA